AUUAAUAACGGUCAAGAAGAAAGAGAAGAACGCGAUAGAGGAAAGCGGGUUCUCAAGCGAUAGAGCAGAGAUGACUGAAAUCCGUAGCUGGAGAUCGUUUCGAUUCUAUGUUUUGCUCUCAUCAAUUUGUCUGCAAUUGAUUUCUGGUUUGGCUGAUGAUCCUGCGAAUUCAAAAAAUGUUAAGAAAGCUGAGGGCCAUUCUUCAUCUAGUGGCAGCACUGGGCUCAGAGUAGUCAUCAUAUGCCUUGGGAUUGUGGCUGUUGUGGCCUUCUCUGUAUUCCUGUUCAAGCUAUGGCAGAAGAAGAAGAGAGAAGAACAGCAUGCACGCCUUUUGAGGCUAUUUGAAGAGGAUGAUGAGCUUGAGCUUGAGCUUGGCCUUCGGGAUUGAUACAUCUUCUUCUUCAUGCUAUGACUGUAAUUUAGUUGAGGUGUUACUGGCCACUCAGUAUAGGGAUGCAUCUUUCAACGAUGAUUUGGAUUUGAUUUUAAGUGAAUCUUCAGAGGAAGUCCUAUGAUAAGGCCACUCAGGUGCUUCUCAUUUCAAUCUUGUAGUUAUUGUAAUGAUAUAGAACAAGAACAUGUUCCUUGAAAGAGAGCUUUUUUCUCUUAUUUUGUAUUACAUAGGAGGUCAUCUUGUAUAAAAUGUUUCCAUAUUCUUUGCAUUUUUUAGAAUUUAUAUUUUGCUGUGAAGCCAUUAUUUGAUUCAUAAAUGCUGGGGCUGACUUGUUUGUACCUCCAA